AUGGAAGAGUUUGAAGCCAAAUAUAAGGAACUGGAUCACAUUGAUCACGGACGAUUUGGAACUGUGUUUGCCGGCUACCGCAGAGCCGAUCACCGACCCGUUGCCAUUAAACACAUCUUAAAUGAAGACGUCUGGUUAACACAUAAGGACACCAAUGGGAACACAAUCUCCAUAGAGGUCGCCAUCUUGUUGAAGCUGUCGGCCGAGUCAGAGGGGACAUCGCCAUCCCUGCUGGACUGGUACCAGUUGGAGAGGGAGCUGGUGCUGGUGAUGGAGAGGCCGAUCUACGCUAAGAGUUUCAGGAGCUACCUCAGAGCGGAAGGACUCUCCAUGACGGAAGAAGAGGUCAAGAUCAUACUCAGGCAGCUGGUGGAUGUGGCACUCAAUCUAAAGAGCAACGGCAUUUUCCACCGUGACAUAAAGACAGACAACAUGCUGAUUGAGACGUGCUCUAUUGUCCCUCGGGUUCUCCUCAUCGACUUUGGGAUGAGCUGCUACGACGAGGGGAGCCAGAGACACUCUGAGUAUUUCGGGAGUGUGCCCCCCCCGGAGGUUUACGGUGAAUGUGGGUACACAGCAGAACCCACCACAGUGUUUCAGAUCGGAACGGUGCUGUUUGAUGCCCUCCACGAGGAGAAGAACGUGUUCAACACGCCCAAGUUCUUUAUGGGUGGUCAGUCUCUCCCCAAAGAGAUGUCCACAGACUGCUACGACUUCCUCAAGAAGUGCCUCAGAAAGUAUCCCGCCACCCGUCCAACGCUGGAGCAGCUCAGAAAUCACCAGUGGCUCAGAUAA